AAGGAAAUGACAUCAUACCCCGGUAGUUGUCUUGACAAGAUUUGUAAACACAAUCUGAAAAGUUAAUUUUUUUGAAGUCUGGUCAAGGUGUGGUGUUUGGUCCACCUCAACUAGAUCUACCUUUUUAGAAUCUCAAUUUCCUGUUUUAUUUUCACUGAGAUGUCCCAACAAGGAGCAGCUCUGCAGAGCUACAACAAUGAACUUGUCAAGUGUAUAGAGGAACUGUGUAGCAAGAGGGAUGAGAUCCACCGCUCCAUCCUGCAAGAAGAGGAGGAGAAAAUGAAAUUACAAAAUGACAUCAGGGUACUGACAGAAAGGCUGGCUAAAGUAAACGAAUCUUUAGCCAAGAAAAUGGCCUCACGUAAUGAGUUUGAUAAGACAAUAGCUGAGACAGAGGCAGCCUACAUGAAGAUUCUGGAGAGUUCCCAGACGUUGUUGAGUGUUUUGAAACGAGAGUCCCAGUCCCUGAAAGAGAAGUCAGUCCCUGCACCAGGAGCCCCAUCCUCCAGGAAUGUUCAGCCCUCUUGAUGUUCAGCCUUACAGAGCUCCUAGUUUUUGUCUUUUGUUAUGUUUUAAUACAAUUUUUAUUCAAUUCUUAGACCAGCAGGAAACCUGUGAUCCUGGUGUGGGUGUGUGUGACUGGAGGUGGUUGGGGUGGUGGUGCUAGUGUGUGACUGG